GCGGGUGCUGCUAGCGGAGGCGCCAUAUUGGAAGGGACAAAACUCCAGCGACCGCGAGUGACACAAAUAAACCCCCGGACCCCUGCGCUCCCCCAGCUUUAAAGGCCGCGAUGUUGUACCUAGAGGACUAUCUAGAAAUGAUUGAGCAGCUGCCCAUGGACCUGCGGGACCGCUUCACGGAGAUGCGCGAGAUGGACCUGCAGGUGCAGAAUGCAAUGGAUCAGCUAGAGCAAAGAGUCAGUGAAUUCUUCAUGAAUGCAAAGAAAAACAAACCGGAGUGGAGAGAAGAACAAAUGGCUUCCAUCAAAAAAGAUUAUUAUAAAGCUUUGGAAGAUGCAGAUGAGAAGGUGCAGUUGGCAAAUCAAAUCUAUGACUUGGUAGAUCGGCACUUGAGAAAGCUGGAUCAGGAACUGGCUAAGUUUAAAAUGGAGCUGGAAGCUGAUAAUGCUGGAAUUACAGAAAUAUUAGAGAGGCGAUCUUUGGAAUUAGAUACUCCUUCACAGCCAGUGAACAAUCACCAUGCUCAUUCACACACUCCCGUGGAAAAAAGGAAAUAUAAUCCAUCAUCUCAUCAUACAACAACAGAUCAUAUUCCUGAAAAGAAGAUUAAAGCUGAAGCUCUUCUAUCUACCCUUACAUCAGAUGCCUCUAAGGAAAAUACACUAGGUUGUCGAAAUAAUAAUUCUACGACCUCCUCCAACAGUGCGUACAAUGUGAAUUCCUCGCAACCUCUGGCAUCCUAUAAUAUUAGCUCGAUAUCUUCAGGAACUGGUGCAGGGGCAAUCACCAUGGCAGCAGCGCAGGCGGUCCAAGCUACAGCGCAGAUGAAAGAAGGACGAAGAACAUCAAGUUUAAAAGCCAGUUAUGAAGCAUUUAAGAAUAAUGACUUUCAGUUGGGAAAAGAAUUUUCAAUGCCCAGGGAAGCAACUGGCUAUUCAUCAUCUUCAGCGCUCAUGACUACAUUAACGCAGAAUGCCAGUUCAUCAGCAGCCGACUCACGGAGUGGGAGAAAGAGCAAAAAUAACAACAAAUCUUCAAGCCAGCAGUCAUCAUCUUCUUCCUCGUCCUCUUCAUUAUCUUCAUGUUCUUCAUCGUCAACUGUUGUACAAGAAAUUGCCCAACAAGCCACAGUAGUACCAGAAUCAGAUUCAAAUAGCCAAGUUGAUUGGACUUAUGACCCAAAUGAACCACGAUAUUGCAUCUGUAAUCAGGUAUCCUAUGGUGAAAUGGUAGGCUGUGAUAAUCAAGAUUGCCCGAUAGAGUGGUUCCACUACGGGUGUGUCGGGUUGACAGAAGCUCCCAAAGGCAAAUGGUACUGUCCACAGUGCACCGCUGCCAUGAAGAGGAGGGGCAGUCGGCACAAAUAAGGGCGUCAUUUCACCUGAGGAGAAGACGGCUUCAGCUCAAAUUUUAUAUAAGGACUUUAAAAAAAAAAAGACAAAAAGGGAAAGAAGAGACAGUGCAUUUUCAGGCAACUAUUUGAAGGAUUUACAUAGACAAUCCUAUAAGAUCUUGAACUUGAAUUUUAUGGGUUGUAUUUUAAUAAUGUAAGUAAAUUAUUUAUGCACUCCUGGUGUGCGAUGAAUAUUAUUCCAGUUAGCCUUGGAUUAUUUCAGUGGCCGACAUAUGCAGAUAUUUGUACUCCUCAACCAUUUUCUCAAAGUAAUGGGCAUUCUAUAAUUUAGACUUCGAUAAAUUCCAACGAUGAAGAUUUUAAGAAAAGUAUUUUAUAUUCAACAGGUAUAUUCUGCUGCAUGUACUGUACUCCAGAGCUGUUAUGUAACACUGUAUAUACACGGUUGCAAAAAAAGUCAGUGCUUCUAAAAAAGAAUUUAAGAUAAUGGUUUUUAAAAUGCCUUUAUUAUAAGACUUGUUUCUUUGCGAAACUAAAUUCAGCAGGCUGAAGGAAAUGGUUUAUGUGAUCAAGUGGGCUGGUAUCCUCUAGAGUACCUGGGUACAUAAACAGAAACUCCUGUAGGUAAAAACGAAUUUGUGCCAUUAGUCUUUAUAUGUUUCUGCAUCCAGAGAGAGUGCAGUUCAUGAGGGCGGAGGGAGGGCCGAGGGGGAGAGGGUGUUAAAGUGAUACAUUUUUAUACCAAAUGUGUUUAUUUUUUUGUGCGAGUAAUCCUUAAAAUUGGAAUUGUAUUAGGUGUUAAAAUAAAGUUUUUAAAAAAUUACUUGUAUUUAUACUUUACAUGCUUAAUGAGGAAAAUGUCUUAAUUCCAGUUAAUUUCCAGUGUCAUAAUCUGCAAGGGUCCAGAACACAGACGGCUGUGUACUCUGUAAUUUCUAUACUUAUGCUUUGAAUUUAUAAUGUGAAAAUAAGGGAAAGACAUUUUAAAUGUAUAUUUGAAAUGCAAAUGUAUUUUUCUAGAACAUCUCUCUGACUUUUCUUUCAGUCGAAGGGAUAUGAAAAGGAAUCUACAUCAGAUAAAAAGAGAAUAAUGGUUAUAGUUGCUUUGACUUGAAGCAGUGGCCAACUAAGUAGAGACCCCCUGAUUGGAGCUUAAAAUUCAGCUCCAGUUUUUAUUCACCACAUACUGGUAUGAUAGCUAAUUCAAAUUCUGAACUGUUCAAACCAGGUAUGGUGGCGGCAGGAUGUCUGUGAAGGUUUUGUUCUCUAGGUGCUAUUUAAAUGAUAAAUUUUGUGUAGCGGAGGUUUGAUUUAAGAUAUAACACUGAUUCUAGUCGUAGACAAACCUUUACAACUUUGAAAACACUUAGGUCAUAUUUCUUUUAUAGUGAGACUUACUGGGUCCAUCAGAUUUCUGCUUUAAUCAAAAUGACUUAGAAGCUUCUUACAUCUUAGAAAACUGAAAUACAUAUAGUACUUAUUCAGAAGAGUCUAGAUGAAGUAAGGGGUCUUCUAAGAUCUCUUCCAGCUUGUUUCCACAAUUCAAAUUGCUGUGCUCUGAUUUUAGCACUGUGGAAAGCCCACAAAAUAUAGGUUUGUGUAUAUUCAUAAUUUCAUAUUGUCACAAGUAUCAUGACGUCAUGAAGCUCAAUAUUUUCAUGGAGAUUUUACUAACUUUUAUAAAAUAGAGGCCAGCAAAAUAAUACAACAGGUAAGGCACUUGCAUUGCAUGUAGCCGACCUUGCUUCAGUUCCUGGCACUCCAUAUCGUUCCCCAAGCACUGUGCCAGGUAAGCCCUGAGCCCCUCCAAGUGUGUUCCCCCCCCCCCGAACAACAAAAUAAUAGAGAAAUUAGUAUUAGGUAGCUUGUUAGCAUGUUGCCUGGAGAUGCUCGGAUCAUUUCAUCUAGUUAUAUAUAAUGACUUCCAAGCUCAUUCGUUUUCUUGUAAUCAGUAAAAGAAAAAGCCUUAUGUGUACAGCCUUACUUUAAGAGGAAGUUCUGGGGCCGGAGCGAUAGCACAGCGGGUAGGGCGUUUGCCUUGCACACGGCCGACCCGGGUUCAAUCCCCGGCAUCCCAUAUGGUCCCCCAAGCACUGCCAGGAGUAAUUCCUGAGUGCAAAGCCAGGAGUAACCCCUGAGCAACGCUGGGUGUGACCCAAAAAGCAAAAAAAAAAAAAAAAAAAAAAAGAGGAAGUUCCUUA